CGCAACCACCGUUUUUUGAACUGGCUUAAGUCUAGGCUUCAGACAACUGACCUGCAUGACUGCCGACAGUCAGUUAAGACUAAUUAAUUUACUGCCAGUAGCAUACUCAAAAGUGACUAUACCAUAUUUCAGAGCAUUGCUUCAACAUUUUAAACGGCGAAUCAAUCAUGGAAAUAAUAAUUUAGCCUCCACAAUCAUCAACAUUUUAUGUUGAUAAUAAAACCCCAAAGAGACUGAUCGGACCGCCCUCACCAUCCGCGGAUAUUAAAGCGUUGGUUUUGUGUAGUCUGGACACUGCCUGAGACAGUUUCACUGGAACAUGUGAAGGUGGGAAGAUUUGGAAAGUAGUAAAAAAAAAAUCAUACAAAUUCUGGAAUCAGCCAAUGGUGAAGCCAAUCAACAUCAUUAUCAAAGUUGACGGAUGCUCACUGGCAACUCCCUUAUUGAACAAUGUGGAUGAUUCCAGGGCUUUGGCUUCCAGUGCUACUACUGGGCAUUGAGGUGUGCCGCAGUGAAGAUGUGACCUUGCCAACAUCAGAGGAGGUGCCUAACAUGCCUGUUACCCGCACCCAGAUCCUGUCAGCUCAGUUUGAAUGCUAUCUAAAGAUAAUCCGCGACCCGCCACACAAUGAAGAUGUGUCUCCCCUUAUAGGCACAUUCUGUAACCGCACGUGGGAUGGCUGGAUGUGUUGGGAUGACUCUGCCCCUGGCACGGCCAUGCAGCUCUGCCCUGAGUACUUCCAGGACUUUGACCCUGCAGAGAAAGUGACCAAAGUGUGCAACUCGGAUGGACAGUGGUUUCGUCACCCUGAGAGCAAUCGUGUUUGGUCCAAUUACACCCUGUGUGAGAUGUUCACAAAGGAUAAACUGACGGUUGCAUUAAGCAUGUACUACUUGGCCAUUUUGGGACAUGGGUUGUCUGUGGUUUCCCUCAUUAUCACACUCUGCAUCUUUUCCUACUUCAAGAGUCUGAGCUGCCAGAGGGUCUCCCUCCACAAGAACAUGUUCCUGUCAUUUAUCUUCAACUCCAUCUGCACAGUCAUCUGGCUCUCUGUUGUAGCCCAGGACCAGGAGCUGGUGGCCAGCAACCCUAUUGGAUGCAAGAUCCUGACUGUCCUGAACCUAUAUAUGUUUGGCACCAACUACUUCUGGAUGCUGUGUGAGGGGAUCUACCUGCACACUCUCAUCGUGGUGACGGUGUUUGUGGGAGAGCAGCAGCUAGGCUGGUAUUAUCUCCUCGGUUGGGGCUUUCCCAUCAUUCCUGCCAUCACUCACGCUGUGGCGCGUGGGCUCUUCUAUGAUGACAACUGCUGGAUCAGUUCAGACACAUACCUGCUCUACAUCAUCCAUGGCCCUGUUCAUGCUGCCCUGCUGGUGAACCUGUUUUUCCUACUCAACAUACUGCGUGUUCUGGUCACCAAGCUUCAGGUGACUCACAGUGCUGAGUCCAAUGCCUACAUGAAGGCUGUCAGAGCCACUCUAAUUCUGAUCCCCCUACUGGGAGCCCAGUUCAUCUUGGUACCAUGGAGGCCAGAGGAACGCAAAGCCACAACCAUCUAUGACUUUAUCAUGAACAUCUUUACACACUUCCAGGGACUCCUGGUCGCAAUUAUAUUCUGCUUUUGCAAUGCAGAGGUGCAGGGAUGCCUUAGGCGGAAAUGGGCACAGAUCAAGCUGGUGUGGAAAUGGACAGAUUCCUACUCCCACUACCACACCAACUCCUCUAUAACUGAAUCUAGUCGCGCUACAGUUAACCUGGAGCUCACUUCUCAAGAGGAAGACACCAUCAUUAAGCCGGGUGGGAGUGUGUCCUAUCAAUCUAAUUCUCAAAGCAACGGCAAGCACUGCACCAAUGGAGAGAUGGACACGCCCAGAAUCCUUGAGACUACUGACAUCUGAGAGCACAGCACCGUCGCUGGCAUCAUCACAUUCUCCUCAUUACAGCAUGGCCACAGAGAGUAGGUCAGAGCAGAAAAAGGGUCCAUGCCCUUCUGUGUCACUGUAAAUGUUGGAUCACACACAUCGUAAUAAUAUACAUACGAAGGUGUACAAGAUGCACACACAAGCACAAUACCACGUCACAAAGAAACUCCACAUACACACCACUGAUAAUGAAUGAACAGCUUACAGGGUCCAGCUGAAACCUUGCAUACAAUUAUUUGCGCAACAUUUCACUUUAAAUUCUCAAUGUUACUCGACCUUACGGAACUAAUCCAGUGACAAGGAAAUUCAGUGAAGAGUGCAAUGUCUGGCCAGGUUUGAUCUUGGCCAACAAUACUGUUUAGUUUCACAUGCACCUGUUCCCUAAAUACCUUUUGUAGUACCUAAGCACUCAUGUAUUUAUAUUUUUUUGCUCACUUUAUUUCACUCUGAAACUGUUUAUUGUUUCAAUUUGGAUAAGUCUUUUAAUGUCACUUCAAUGAUGUGGAUCUUUAUGAAUUAAUUGUGGGUUGCAUAAGCUUUCCCUUUCAGAACCAUUAAAUGACUGCUUGUUUUGCGUAGUACUGACUGUUGAAUGUUAAGUUCUCUGAUACAAUUCAGAUUACUGUCACCCCGAAUAAUGCGUACAAUACAAUGAGGAGAAAGGGCAGGUAUGUGCUCUGAAACUCUAAUGAGAGAACUUAUUCUGGGAUUAGGGCACGCCCUCUUUCUGACAAGCCAGAAGUAUUUUUUUUAUCCAGUGUACUUUUAUAUAUGCUUUUUACUAAUAUUGUUUUUAGUUGCUAUAUGCAAUCUUUGAAUAAUCUAAGAUGAUACAUGUAUUAUACCACUGAACUGCGGUUGAGCUACACGGUGUAUGCUACACAUUCCACUUUAACUUCCAAAGAAAUGUUCAACUAAAUGAGACUGUUAUUUACCUUUCUGUGUAACAACAUUAAUUUAAAUAAAAUGUUAUGGUUUGUCUUUGA